CUCCAGCUGCCAGAUUUGACGGUCCCCCUGCAGGUCUCGGUCUCGGUGAGAGAGAGAGUGGAGGAGCGGAGCGGACCGAGCGGUGGAACGACACCGCUGCUCGCCGAAAGACAGACGCUGAGACCCGGGGAGCUCCGGACAGAGAGCCGGGGGCAGAGCCGGUUCUCCUGUGAUCCGGAUCAGUUCAGCGGCCAGAGCAGAGUUUCAUCUUUAACUUGUGGGAUUUAAAGCAGGACGAGAGGAGCGCUCUGGGACCGGGUCUUGGUCCGGGUCUGGAUUUAUCUUCAUGGUCUCCACACUCAGAGGAGGUCCGUUCUGAUUCGGAUCCAGUUUUGGUUUUAGCUGGGUACAGUGUGUCGGUGUGAGUCAGACCAUGGUGGGGGAGAUGGAGGGGAAGGAGAAGCCCAGGCCCAGUCCGGAUUAUCUGAUGCAGCUCAUGAACGAUAAGAAGCUGAUGAGCAGUCUGCCGAACUUCUGCGGGAUCUUCCAGCACCUGGAGAGACUGCUGGACGAGGAGAUCAGCCGUGUGAGGAAGGACAUGUACAACGACACCCUGAAUGGUUCAGAGAGGAGCAGCGAGCUGCCGGACGCCGUCGGUCCAACCAUCCAGCUGCAGGAGAAACUCUACGUCCCUGUGAAGGAGUUUCCCGAUUUUAACUUUGUGGGGAGGAUUCUGGGACCUCGAGGUCUGACAGCAAAGCAGCUGGAGGCUGAAACAGGAUGUAAGAUCAUGGUGAGAGGGAAGGGCUCCAUGAGAGACAAGAAGAAGGAGGAGCAGAAUCGAGGGAAGCCGAACUGGGAACACCUGAAUGAGGAUCUUCACGUCCUCAUCACGGUGGAAGACGCUCAGAACAGAGCUGAGAUCAAACUCAAACGAGCUGUGGAGGAGGUCAACAAGCUGCUGGUUCCUGCUGCGGAGGGUGAGGACAGUCUGAAGAAGAUGCAGCUGAUGGAGUUAGCGAUCCUGAACGGAACGUACAGAGAUGCUAACAUCAAACCCUCCUCCCUUGCCUUCUCUCUUGCAGCCUCCACUCAGACUCCUCGUGUCCUCUCUGGCCCUGCCCCUGUCUUGGCCCCGCCCACCGCCCUCCGUACACCGGCCCCCACGGGGCCUGCACUGAUGCCACUCAUUCGUCAGAUUCAGACAGUGCUGCCCAAUGGAACGCCGGCUCUGAUGCCAGGGGCAGGGCCCGAGUCUGGUCUGAUCUAUGCAGCGCCAUACGACUACCCGUAUGCUCUGGCGGCGCCGGCCUCCAUCUUGGAGUACCCCCUGGACUCGGGUGGGGUGUUAGCCUCUGCCCACUAACCCCCUGACCUCUGACCUCUGACCCUGUCCUCACCCAGAGAUGACCCUGCUGUCAGCUGAUUGCUCGCCCCCUACUGCUCCUCUGGUUUCUGCAAUAAAACACCAACACACACACAGAGCAUCACUGCAGACCUGAACUGAAUCACUGCUCAGCAACAAAGAAGGUCUGACCCCCCUAAUCCCAACCCUGCCCCCGCUCACUUGCCCCCCCGUUGGAUGGCUCUGAUCCAUGAAGGAACAGAACGGAGGACAAUGAAGGUUCAGGUUCAGGAUCAGGUUCAGGUUCAGGAUCGGGUUCAGGAUCAAGAUCAGGUGAGGAGACGGGGGUCAG